AUGUCUCCAGGAACCCAUCUGGAUGACACAAUAACAAGAGGCAACCAGUCCUGCUUGACUAAGAUUGUACUUUUAGGCUUCACGGAUUUCCAGAAUAUGCAGGUCCUUUUGUUUUGGCUGGUGCUAAUAUUCUACAUGGUGGCCUUGGCUGGCAAUAGCAUGAUACUGAUCCUCACCAUUGCUGAUCCAGCCCUUCACACACCAAUGUACUUCUUCCUCCUCAACUUGUCCUUCUUGGAAAUUGGCUACACUUCAUCCAUCAUCCCUAAGACUCUAGAUCAUUUACUGUCAGAGAAUUUAACCAUAUCCUUUGUGGGCUGCGGGAUUCAGAUGUAUUUCUUCAUCCUCUUUGGCAUCACGGAGUGUUGCCUUCUCUGUGUCAUGGCGUAUGACCGCUACGUUGCCAUAUGUAAGCCUCUGCAAUAUUCAUGCAUCGUGAGCCCCAAGGAAUGUGCCCGCUUGGCUGCCAUCUCAUGGGCCAUUGGUAUUUUGGUAUCUUUUGGGCAGUCUGUUUCAAUAUUUACUCUUCCUUUCUGUGGGCCUAACAGAAUCAACCAUUUCUUCUGCGACAUUUUGCCUGUUUUGAGACUGGCCACUACAGACACUUUCAAGAAUGAAGUGGCAGUUGCCACAGUAACAGUGUUCUUUAUCCUGGUACCCUUUUUGCUCAUCCUUUUGUCCUACGUCCUCAUCAUCUCCACCAUCCUAAGGAUGCCUGAAGCUACAAACAGACGCAAAGCAUUCUCCACCUGUUCUUCACAUCUCAUUGUUGUCUCUCUUUUCUAUGGAACUGUCACUUUCACCUAUGUUCGGCCCAAAUCAGUCUAUUCCCUGGAUAGUGACAGGAUCCUUUCCCUCCUCUACACUGUAGUGACACCAACAUUUAACCCAAUAAUAUACAGCCUGAGGAAUAAAGAGAUCAAAGCUGCUUUGAAGAAAGCAAUAGGAAAGAAAGCAGUCUUACUUAAAUAA